UUGUGAGUCAAGUGUUUCGCAGCGAGAGGCGGAGCCAACAACACAGAGUCUCCGCUGCCACUUCACCACAGGCAGGACACACGAUUCCUCUGUAGAAAGAUGUUUAGGGCGAAUUACGAGGACGGAUAGAGUUUAAAAAGCCUCAGAAGGUGACAGGGGUUAAUGUAAUACUGGGAUGUGAAGUCUCGAUUAAAUUAGCAGCUACCUGCUACGAUGUGAGACUCAUAAAAAGACAGUUGCUGGUGACUCAUGGCGAUAAUGUCCCAAACAUGGUCCAUCCUCACUGCCAUUACACUGCUGGCGGUGCAGCUUUGCAUAGGUGAGAAAUCCUGUUUCAUCUGGUCCAGCGCUGGACCUGUGGUGCAGCGAGACACCAGUUUUACAGUGUACUGCACCUUUAACUUCAAGUGCAAGAAAUCCAUGCGCAGCGGCCAACCACCCACACUACAGAGGCACAUAGAUUUGAACUCUACAACGAUAUAUUUCAAUGUGGUGAACAUAACAACGGACAGAACAUACAGCUGUGAGUGUGACACUUCUAAGGAGCCGACUAAACCAGACUCCUGUGGGAUGGACAUCUCAGCUGGAUACCAACCAGAUCGCCCUAAAAACAUUUUGUGCAUUUACGAGGUCAAAAGCAAUGAAAGUGGAGUUGUGUUCUGCAGCUGGAACAGAGGACGGGAUACUUAUCUUGGAAACAGUUCAGUGCUGUGGGUGAGAACUUCAUCAGGAAAUCACACAGGUGGACCGCACAGUUUCUCCAGGAAAGGAACUGAUUUAGCAUCAGUCAGUUUCAGUGUGCCCAGUUCUGUCCAGCUCAUCUCUGUGUGGGUCGAAACCCAAAAUAAGCUGGGCCGUGCAGUGUCCUCCAUCAUCAACUACACUCUCAGUGACAUUGCCAUGCCAUCAGCUCCUGUUCUUGGCAAACCCAAGUGCUCUUCCCGGGAGUGCAUCAUCGAGGUGGAGCAGUCUGUGAGGACUCAGCACCUGGAGAUCGAAUACAAAGCAGCAGGACAGGCAUGGACGUCUUACCAAGACCAAAGCGUGCAGAUGAGUGCAGUUCAGAACCGGUCCAUCUCCUCUCUGAAGCCCUACAGGUUGUACUGUUUCAGAGCCCGGUCUAAAUUUAGCACCGGCCUGUGGAGCCCGUGGAGCGCAAACAUUUCCAGCUGGACUCAAGAGGAGGCUCCUGCAAAAGAGUUGGAUGUGUGGUUCGCUGCAUCAGACUUAAAAUCCCAGAGAGUUUACUGGAAGGAGGAGAACGUUUCCAUCUCUAGAGGGAAGAUCACAGAGUACAAAGUCAGAGUUUACAGCCCAGAUUCUGGACUGAAUUCAAUCACUAACUUCACUAGCGAUGCCAGGAAUUAUUCACUCUCAAACUGUGCUAACUGUGAAGUGACAGUGUGGGCUCGCAACUCGAAAGGGCUCUCCCCCCCUGCUACAAUUACAGCACGUCACACAAAAGCCCAGGCCUCUCAGGAUGCUCAAGUAACUGUGGCAGGCGGCCACAAUGUCACCAUCUCCUGGAGAAAGGCUGAAACUACACCACCACCCACUGCAUAUGUGGUGGAGUGGUACCCAGAGGGGCACAAGCUAGAGGAACUCAGAUGGGUCCGACUGGAGGGGAAUGACCACAAUGUAGUCAUUACAGAUAUUAAGCCAUAUGAGUGCUACGAAGGAGCAGUAUAUGCUUUCUAUAAUGAAAAGCCAGUGAGCAGGACCAUGUUUGCAGGUGUCACCACUGUGAUGUCAGCCCCGACCGCUGCUCCAUCGUUCGAGGAGAAGGUUGAGGGACACACAGUGAGAGUGACGUGGUCGGAGCUUCCCAGGAGCCAGCGGGGCGGUUGUAUCACCAACUACACCAUCUAUUUAGAGAAUGACAGUGGAAACCAGGAGCCUUACUCUGUACCAGCAUCAGAGAGGAUGUAUGUGAUCAAAGACCUGCCUCCAGGUGUCUACAGCCUGUGGAUGACUGCCUCCACUGCCAAAGGAGAGGGCCCUGCGGAUCAGAAACUCAAGAUCUUCAUCCAGGAGGAAACUCCACUAUUCCUCUUACUAGUGUUUGUCUUCAUCCUCCUGAUUGCACUGGUUGUGCUGUGUCUGUGCCAGAGUUCAUCAGUGAAGCAGAAGUUCUGUGUGUUUUUCAAGUGCCUCAUGCUCGAUGACGUGCCAGAUCCUCGAAACAGCAAAUGGGCAAAAGAGUGUACCCAGGAGAAGGGGAAGAUGAACCUCCAGCUGCAGCUGAGCAACACCAGCAUAACCGAGGAGGAAGAAGAGCCCAUCCUGGUGGAUGUCGAGGAGCUGCCCAAGCAGAACAGCGACGUCUCUAAACCUACAAACGUUUCCUCACAACUCCUCCCUCAGAUCAGCCUGAGCCCCGAGACCAAAGCCGACACACCGCUGUACCCUCUGACCACGUACAUUAAGAGCUUCUCCCACGACUCGGACAGCUCCGACCACACACAGACGUCUCUGGACACAAACACAACUGUCGACUACAUCUCAUCACACGGGAUGGGAAGUAUGGAGGAGGAGGAGGAUCAGGAAGAGGAGGAGCAGUUUGCUGAAAUGCUGGGUUUCUUCCCCACUCACAACGUUUUCACAGAGCCGUUGAGCUUUGGAGGAAAGUUGACUCUGGAUGCGGUCAAAAUUGACUGUAGUGGCUUCUUUCAGAACAGUUAGUGUUUCAAUGCCUGAAACCAGAACACACUGGUGAGAUGAGGCUGGCAUGAGGACAAUUUUUAGAGGAAGAACACUGCGAAAUGAAGGAGGCUGGACACAUUGACAGGAGGCAGUGACUGGAUUCUUCUUUAUUUUCUGUUUCAGUGCCUUUGUUUUUUUUUCUUUUUUCUUUUGGAUCACGCACCCUAGCUGUGCAUGAACUACCUCUUUGCUUAGUGAAAUCAGAACUUUAACAUAAACAGGUGUCUGAGUUGUUACAGUAAUUUUUGACUGAAAAUGUACUUUUUUUUCAUUUCAUGCAUUACUAUUGUUUUCUCUUUAAUAGACGCAAUAGACACACUAAUACCUCAGCCAAAAUGAACACAGCACGAGCUGCAAGAGUAAAUCAGAUGGCAACAUUUCUGCCUAUCUGGAUUGAGGUAUUUUAAAAAGGCCUCAUCCUGAAGCUGACAGCACUGAUGCAGCUUUUUCACAGCAGACAUUUUGACUUGUCAUGAUAGGAAAAGCAUAAGUAUUACUAACUAAUAUUGGCACUGGCUCUGUCCUAUUCAGGUGUCUCAGUAAGCCAUGGCAGUGAACAGCACAACUGAGGCAGCUAAAUGGAAAUCAGCAAUCAUUAAUUUUAUUAUUUACGCUUGUUCUUUUCCUGCUGUGACUUGUCAAAACGUCUUCAGUGAAGCAUUGAUGGCCAUCCUGUAUAUUGGCCAUGCUUUCAAAUAUACCCACGCUACCUCAGUCUUAGCUCAUCUGAAUGAUAAGUUGAAUUGUGUGUCAGGUUUGUCAGUGGUGCAGGUAAUACAGUGCUGCAUGAUGUUUACCAUGCUCACCCUCAUACUUAAAUGUUAACAUACUAACAUUUACUAACUUAUUUCCACUAGAAAGAAAGCACAGCUGAGGCUGAUGGGAAUAUCAUUCGAUUUGCUGGUACUUGGUUGUAAACUUACGUUUGGACAAGUUGACAUUUUGAUCUCAUGAUGGUGUCAGAUGAGAGAGGAUCACCAGUUAUUCCGAUUCAUGUUGAGCAGGAAGUGAAUAUGUGCGCCAGAUGUCAUGGCAAUCCAUUUAAGAGAUAUUUCACUAAAAGCCCAGAAUCUCAACCUCAUGGUUGUGCUGGAUGAAAAGUCAGCGGGAUCACCAAAGUCUUUCAGAUUCAUCCUCAAGGAACCAUGAAUAUCCACACAGAAUUUCAGUUGAGCUGUUAAAGUCUGUCCAAACAGUUGGACUGACCAAUCAACAUUGCCGUCCCAGAGUCAUGUUGUCUAGCGUGGCUAAAAACUUACGAGGCUUAAAAAUUGGACGUGUUAAUCGUUUUUCUUCAUAUUCACAUCAACAGACUGAAAACUGGUAUAUCAUUUAUUAUGUUGUGGACUGUUUGAUCAGCAACUUCUUAAUAGAUUUGCAACCAGUCACUGUAUCACGUUGGCAAUCAGAUUGAACUCAUACAGAAACUUUUGAUUUGUUCCGUCAAUUGUGCAGUCUUAUUGAGAGUCUGUCACUUUUAAUAUCAGUGAAAAUAAAUGAUUUAAUCCUU